AUGGCUACUACGCAGCCAUGGGUCGAGUAUUACCAGAUGAAUGCAGGCUUGGACUUUUUUGGGGACUGUGCAAUCGUCUUGCUUGUCAAAAAGAAAGGGACUUUGAAUCAGCUACUAUCAGCAGUCUUAGUGGAUUGCGGAAGCAGUCAAAGAGUCAUUGAGCCCAUUACACGCCUCAUCAAGCGGGUCCAAUCGACCUACGUACUCAAGCCUGAAGAUAAGAAACAGUUCAAGUUUGACGCUGUGGUGAUUACGCACUGGGACAAAGAUCAUUUCGGUGGGCUUGAGAAGUUGUUCGACGCAUACCCAUGGACAAACAACCAAUUUCCCCUUUUCAGAUACACUAUUGUAACCUCGCCGGCAGUGCCAACGCCCUUAACGAAGCUCUUUUGCGGGGACGGUUUUCAGGCAUCGGCGAACUCAAACCCUUUCGUGACGUCCAUUCCCCCAACGACUGUGAGUAAGCCCAUCGCUGCGUUUGAUAUGCAAGCAAAGAAGGACCCAACAAUUCCGUGCUUGCGUGUCGUGCCAGAUUUCGGGGAUUUCCUAGGAGUCAAUCUAUUUAAUGCGCAAAUACCAGGACUAGCUACUGGAACGUGGACGUCAACGACUUCGCUGGAGGCUCUACUUGCUGCAAAUAAUCCUGGGACGACAGACGCUCCCAAUGCGCCAGGCUUCUACAUCGUCGCGGGCGAGCAACAAGUACUAGGCUCACCUUUGGCCAAAAGGCAAGGUCGAGUCAUCAAGGACUCGGUGAAAGGCCGCAAAAACCAAGAUUCCCUGGUCUCCCUCUUAAUCUGGAAGGGCGUUGGGACAGGUCCGAACAAGGUCUCACUUUAUACCGGUGGGGAUGCCGAGUACAUAAUAGAAGACAGAGUCGCCACCUGGCUUCAAAACCCCAAACCUUACACGGUCAAAGCCGUGAAGGCAGGUCAUCAUGGUAGUGCGGCAGGCACGUCCAUGGAUUUUAUCUCUCAACUUAAGCCCGACCUUUAUCUUUUGUCCACGGGGACAGAGCAUCAGCAUCCCUCCCCGGAGGUUCUAUUCUAUCUCUACGAGUAUGCACGAAGUAGAGGCACCGCAGUUAUCAACAAGAACGACACUCAAAACUUUAUUGUUGGUGAUACAGCCGGCACAAGACGGUACUUUCACAGUCAUGAUGCUGAUGUCGACAAAAAAUACGGGACGAGUGCCAAGAAGCCUUAUCAGGACUACUUGACAGCUUUACAAGCUCUGGCCCCUGCUUCGGAGAAGACGACAAAGGCGGACGUCGUCUCGAAAAUCCGUGACGGUCUAGCUGCUGUCGAUACCACCGCAUUGGUCGCCUCCAAGACGGGAGCAAAUUUUAAGAAAACCAUCCUUUAUAAGCAGGAGCAGAAGAAGUACAACGUAGCAUCGAAUCAUGUGGUAGAAGAACUUGCGCGCCUACGUUUUGAACAGAUGUGCACCAUACCUUCUGAUUAUAUUCCAGCGGGUUUGUUCAAGGACGAAUAUACAGGCAUGGAGCCUGCCAAUAUCAAAGCCACAGAUUAUGUCAGGGUGAUAUUUACGUCCAAAGACGCCCUACCGCAAGAAGCGAGACCGCAGGUGGAUGUUAUGCCGCCAGUUGUGUUGGUGAAAGCCUCAAAGCCGAAGAAGAAACCGGCAACUAAGAAGAAAGGCAAAACGUCACAAGGCCUUUCCAAAAGGGGCCUCGACGAUCCCCUAGAUCCGCCUGAUGACGACGACGAAGAUGAUGACGAGGGCACCGCGCAGACACGUCGGCGAAAGCGGGAAGCAAGCGGGCCGGCAACUGCUGCUCUUGAUUAUUCUCUAACGCUGGAUAUGGAAAAGAACAUUAGGGCGCAAGAAAUCCCGAUCGACGAUGAUGAAGGCGAUGCCGAAGAGAUGGAUACUGGGGACCCUGAUAUGUGGCUGUGGCAGGACAUUGACUACUUUGACAUUCCACCACCUUUGACCAACAACACACGCAAUGUCAGUGGGGUCCAAGCAUCUGCUGCCGUUGAAGGACUAGUGUCAAGGGAUCUGGCUGUAGCAACGACGACCUUCAAUUACAUACGUCCAUACGAUGGCCUGACCGGAGACAACGUCCUUUUCACGCAGUCUGGCUCUCGCGAAGAUAGCUUUGUUUGUGCGCUGGCAGACACAGGCAUUGCAACUACCUUGACUACAACGAGUAGCAUCGACGGGGCAUGGACAUCGGCCGUCAGUUCAGUUUCCGCCUUCUACCUUUGGAUACGCGAUCUUCUCCCCGUUGAGAUCGUGACAUCACUCUCAAUGUCCGCUAGUGGCAAAUACACACCUUCUACUAACAAUACUUCUAUUUCAAUUUUGUCUGUCAUCGCAGAAUUGCCCAAAGCUUCUGCAAGCGUUUCAAUCACGUUGUCCUCCGCAUACCGCCCAACAUCCAUUCCCUACGAGCCAAGUAAUCCUGAUACUUACGGUAUCGUCAAUGAUCAAGGCUUCGUCGUUGACAGCCCUGGAGUCCUACUGGGUCUUGUACCAAGCGACAACAAUGGCGAAGUAAGCAUGACUUUGACACAGGUCUGUGAUCUGGUAGGUUUUGACGUGCCCAUCUUCCUGGACUCCUCUCAAAUAUGCACCCUCCAUCGGAAUGAUCAACAUACUUUGAUCAAUGGUCUUUGGUAUUUUCCAAUGGACAACAACAAAGCGGCCUUGCAACUCAAUUUUCAGCUGCUGAAGGACUCAGCCUUGGCUAUCACACCACCAGGCUGUAUCUUCACGAACACCAUAUUGAUCAUCCAAAAUGUCGCGACUUUGGAGUCUGAUGUGAACGAUGAUGGCACAGUAACGGACAACAUCGUAAACAUACCGUCACUAUGUCUUCGCACAUCCAUGAAAUUUGAAGGCCAAAGUGAAGCCGAUAGCUGGGAUGCUGCAGUUGCUUUCAGCGAUGACGGUAGUAUCCAUAUCAUCAUUCUUGAUCUACAAUGGAAUCAUUCCACCUCCCCGCUGGGCUCCUUCUGGACAUGGCUGACGGCUCAAUUGAAGAUCGAUACAGAGGGCGCAAAUCCCCAAGCUCAAUUCCAGGCAUUCAACGCGUCUCACAGCAGCAUGACAAAGCCGGCAGACGGGGAGAGUGCGAUGAAGUUUCGGGAGAUCAAGGUCGUUCUCAAUUACGAUAGUGAUGCCAAGAACUGGAGCCUUCUCGAGUUCGAUAUCAAUUUCGAGUUGGACGUUGAUUGGGGCAUCAAGGCUACAACACCAGACGCAAGGGUCCCCCUUGAGCUUUCUUUCAAAUACAUGCCGCCUGUGAGGCUUGAUGAUACGCCAACGUAUACAGCAUGCUAUGCGGAGCUCACCGGAGAACUCUGGCUCCCUUUGAGUGACCGAGCCAAGGCAAUUGUACAAUUCAACCCCCAAGGGGCACUUAUCCCCGUUCUGCAGCCGACAUACCAAACCCCACAGUACUAUGUUUCUCUACCCGUCCUCCUGUCGGCAAACUCUGCACCUGACAUCCCAAAUUGGCUGCCUACGGCCAUCACUCAAUUCUCAGCGAAGUUGAGUACAACCGACAUUGGAUUCUCUGGAACGCUUGCGAUAGACCCAACCAUCGAUCUCGCGUCCCAACCCACACACUGGUUGAAGUUACAGAGAAUCCAACUUGCAGCGACGUAUACCAUCAGUCCGGCUGCCUUUUCCUUCGGUUUUGGGGCCACUUUGACCCUCAAUGCGCCUGACCCAGCGAAAUACAUGGCUCUCAUGGACGUGGAAAUCGCGUACCAAAGUUCAUCGUGGCAUAUCUCUGGCCAGGUGGGUGAUCUCAACGGGGCUUGUCUCUAUAGUCUCUUCAAUGGAGACAGUGACGCUAUCAUGACAGUCUUGUCGGACCUCACUCUCGAAAUCUUAAGAGUGACCUUUGAUCAUUCGAGCAGCUCGCAAACCUUCAGCGCGACCGGCAGGAUCGAUUUCGGUCCCCUCGAGCUCGACCUGGACUUCCAAAAUCUUGGUUCAACGUGGUCUUUCAGUGCUAGCUUGAAGGAUACGGUCCCGCCAGACACCACGAUAUCCUUGGCAGACAUAGUUGCUGAUAUAUCCUCGGGGUUCGCCGAUAAUCUCCCAGACUUUCUCACCACACUGAUAUUUGAUCUCGAUGACGAGGCCAGCAUUACCCUCGACUGCGAAAAGAUCGGGACUGGCAAAGACAAGGACAACAAUGACAAAUUUGCCAUCAUCUUUAGCGUUCGGGCCAACUUUCUUGGGGUGGAGCUGAGUUUCGUUCAGUUGAAACAUCUCGAGGAUCCCACUAUCCCCGUCAAGCGUCUUUUCAAAUUUACACUCGGGAAGCUACCGAGUGUCGACAAGAUACCUAUUCUUCCUCAACUGGAGCAACCUUUCGAUCAACUAGACUUUCUCUGGGCCACUGAGGACUUCACGUCUUCUGAGGUUGACAUCUUGAAUACGAACGUGUAUGAAGACAGCCAUGAUCGGCUAGUGGUAAAGCAACCGCACAUGAAGAGUGGCAAUGAUGCUACUAACGUUGCGUUGGCCAAAGGCGUGCACUUCAUGAUCGUGGUAGAAGAGGAUGGGCUGCCAGCAGCUAUCCUAGACCACACCUUCGCUGCUGCAAAGGCGACCCCUCCAUCCAGCACUGACGACUCCGUCACACGUGGAGUCGAUGAAGGGCAACCUCUGCCAACAAAGACGCCAAACACUACAGCUCUCUGGUCAAAGACGAUAGGACCGCUAACCAUAAGCUCCAUAGCUCUAAAAUUUGAGGAUAGAAGGUUGGUAUUGACACUUGAUGCUAAAGUCAAAUUUGGGCCGGUUGAGGCCAUCUUCAAAGGACUCGGUAUCAGCUUUGAGCCCAACAACUUGACCUCGCUGUCAACUGCAAAUUUCGACAUCAUGCUAUCUGGCAUCGGCAUCGAGAUGAAUCGACCACCGGUUGUCAUAGCGGGCGAAUUCUUGAGACUCUCUUCGCACUCGUACGCGGGAGGUAUCAUUAUCGAAGUUGAACCGUACGCCUUUGUCGCUGGUGGAUUCUACGACAACGCGUUCCCCAACCCCAAGGCUCCCCCACCGACAUUCAAAUCCCUGUUCGUAUUUGUUGCCAUGGAAGGGCCGGUAGCCACCAUUGAAUUCGCUUCCCUUUCGGGCCUGACGGGUGGCUUUGGGUAUAACUCGCAGAUCACUCUGCCAGACGUCGAUAAUGUGACUUCCUUUCCAUUCCUCAAUGUCGACAGUAUCUCAUCUAGCGAUCCACUGGCAAUUCUGAAUGGCUUCUUGAGCGCCAAACCGGUCCCUUGGUUUGCGCCCGCGGACGGUCCAAUGUGGUUUGCGGCCGGACUGACGGUCCAAUUGUUCCAAGUCCUGUGGAUCAAGGCUGUGGUAGUCAUUGAUGUGGGCCCUGAUGUCAUCUUUGGCAUCUUCGCUGAAGCAACGGCAAGUAUUCCGGAAGAUGUUACUGAUCCCACUGAAGCAUUUGCACUCAUCGAUAUGGGUAUCGUAGCGACGCUUGACUAUUCAAAGGGGCUUUUCCGCUGCGAGGGUCAGCUUACACCUAGGAGUUUCAUCCUCUCACAACAAUGCAAAUUGAGCGGGGGCUUCGCAUUGUGCCACUGGUUUGAAGGCUCGGGGCACGAAGGUGACUGGGUCUUUACAGUUGGCGGCUAUCAUCCAGCAUACGUAAGCAAACGACCUGUGACGCUUGGUCUUGUGCUGAUCAUGACCCAGAAACCGCCUGCGUGGUAUCCGGUGCCAAAGAGGCUCGCCAUCACAUGGCAAUAUGAUGACACUAUCUCUAUUCUUGGAGAGUCUUAUUUCGCAAUCACGCCGAAAUGCUGCAUGGGAGGUGGAGGGCUCCACCUGCGCUUCCACAAGGGCAAUGCGGAAGCUUGGCUUGACGCAACCGCAGACUUCCUCAUCAACUACCGACCCUUCGCAUUCACGGUCGACAUCAGCAUCACGGUGGGGGCCAAGUACUCCAUCAACAUUGCUUUUGUCCACAGUAGCUUUGAUGGUCACAUUGGAGCGCAGCUGCACCUUCAGGGACCACCAGUGUCUGGUUACGUCCAUAUUGAUCUGUCUAUCUAUGCUUUUGACAUUGUGUUUGGCCAGUCAACCACAAGCAAUGAUCCUCUGGAUUGGGCACAUUUCUGCGCCCUUCUGAGACAAGAGAAGACUGUCAAAGACUACUCAACCGAUAACGUUAGUGGAAAGAAAAUGCACAACAUUGAAGCAACGGAUGGUAUGACGAGCGACACAACCAGUACACAACAAUUCAAUGUCAAGCAGGUUGAGACUGACGUGUGGUCUGCUGAUGGAGCCAGCUUCGCUUUCGCCUUCGCUUCCCUGUUUCCAAUCACAAGCUACAUUUAUGACCCGACCGGCGAGAUGGCAAAUACCCAGUAUCAGACGUACAUGAAGCCUAUGCACACCGAAUCAAGUGUUACUACAACAUCGAAGCUGACAAUAUACAUCGACGAAAAAAGCCGGGACGAUGGCAGCGAGGCCGGAGUCCAUCCGAUGUUUGGAAUUGAGCCUGUCAUCAAGCAAGUCCCCAGUGCCUUGUGGACGCCUUACGACCAGGCUCAAGAUCCCAUGGCGAUCCCAGCAAUCUCCUUAUUUCAUCCGAAACCAGCACCCAAAAACCUCUCCUCUCUCCUCGACCCAAGCGAUGGGACCGUCGCGCAAAUCAUGGGCUUCAAGUUCUCCACCCCACCGAAGGACGAAUCAGACGACACCAUCGAACUCAACAUUUCCGCUGCUUCAAUUGACAUCGUUCCGGGCGGCCCACCUAUCCCCGACGCCUCAUCGAUCCCCUCAACGCUGACCCUGUCAUCAUCCUCAGCUCAAGUCGCCAUCAUCACAGGAAAGUGGCCUCCCAUCAUUGCAAGCAGGAAGUACUCGGCCCGCAACAUCGUGGGCCGCGUGGCUCGGCCCAAGUACGAUCGCAGUGACGUCCUGAAAUCUUGGGCCACGUUCUCUGGCGCUCUGAAUAUGGAGCAGUGGAACGAUGCAACGGGCGAUCCUGCGACGGAUAAAGUCAGUCGGUAUGGAAGCAGACUUAAGGGCUUGGGAGAUCAGUGCUCGUAUGUGCCGAUGCAGUGGAUGAGUGAGCAGAUGGCUUUGGACGGGGAGGGAGAGGGGCAGGUUCUGCUGCCGGUGUUGAGUGCUGCGGCGACGCUGGAUGGGUCGGUGGGAGAUGGAGAUUGGGCGAAUGUGGGGUGGAGAGGUGAGCCGCCGGUGCUGAGUAGGGAUUUUGGGAAGGGUUAUGUGGAUAGGACGUGA